UUUUAUUAUAUUAUAUGGUAAAUGAGACUGAGAAAUGAGAACAAAUUGUUUAUUUAUAGAAAUAGAAACUUUUCACAAUUCUUUGGUUUGGAUUUCAUGGUAUUUUAUACAUCAUAUGGGAAAAAGCUGUGUCUUUUUAUUUUUUAUUAAAGACAAAAGUUGAGAAAAAGAUUCUAUUAAUAUAUUGAAGUAAUACUUCGAAUUUCCACAAAAGAUAAUUUUUUCUUUCAAUACUUACUCCUCAUUAGUUAACAAUUCUAAUGCUUAGAUUCGUAUGCUUAAUUCUGCAUAGUUAAGGUCAAAUGAUUAUUCAUCAAAUUUUUUGUAUUUUCAUUAAAUAGGAGGUAUUUCUAUGUUCAAAUGGCGGUGCAAUUUUUUAUUUUCCAACGAGAAGGUAGAACAUAGAUGUGGGCCGAGUAAAUCAAUAGAUAGUGUUGAUAGUAUUGGACAUACAGAUAGAAGUGAACAACCUAUUCUAAAUGAUAUGGAGAAAAAGGUUCCUAGUUGGAAUCGUAUUAGUAAUUAUAGUUUCAAUAAUGUUGAUUAUUUAUUUGAUAUCAGGAAUAUUUGGAGUUUGAUCUCUGAUGACACUUUUUUUGUUAAGGAUAGUAAUGGUGAUCAUUACUCUAUAUUUUUUGAUAUUGAAAAUCAUAUUUUUGAGGUUGACAAUGAUAGUUCCUUUAUGAGUGAACUAGAAAUUAUUGUUUCUAGUUAUUUGAAUAGGGGGUCUAAGUCUAAGAAAAAGAAUCAUACAUGUAAUGAUACUGAAUCCAGUUGGAAAAAGAACAUUAUUAGUAGCAUUGAUAGUUAUCUUCGUUUUGAAGUCAGUAUUAAUAGUUCUAUUUCGAGUAGUACCAACAAUUACAGUGAAAGUUACAUUUAUAAUUUCAUUUGUACUGAAAAUAAAAAUAGUAGUGAGAGUGAUCGUUCUAGUAUAAGAACUAGUCAAAAUAUCGAUGAUUUGGAUAUUAGAGUAGAAUCCAAUCAUAAUGAUAAUCCUUUCCAUAAAUUCAGACAUUUAUGGGUUCAAUGUGAAAAUUGUUAUGAAUCACAUUAUAAACAAUUUUUUGGUGAAAAAAUGUAUAUUUGUGAAUUUUGUGGAUAUCAUUUGAAAAUGAGUAGUUCAGAUAGAAUUGAACUUUCGAUUGAUCCCGGAACUUGGGAUCCCAUGGAUGAAGAUAUGGUAUCUGUAGACCCCAUUGAAUUUGAUUCACCCGUUGAAUUUGAUGAAGAACCGGAUUCUGAUAGAGAUCAUAUCGAUUUUUCAGAAGAAGAACUGGAUUCUGAUUCUUAUAUAGAUCGUAUCGAUUCUUAUCAAAGAAAGACAGGUUUAACUGAAGCUGUUCAAACAGGCAUAGGUCAACUAAAUGGUAUUCCCGUAGCUAUUGGCGUUAUGGAUUUUCAGUUUAUGGGGGGUAGUAUGGGAUCCGUAGUAGGCGAGAAAAUUACUCGUUUGAUCGAAUAUGCUACUAAUCGAUCUCUACCUGUCAUUAUUGUGUGUGCUUCUGGAGGAGCACGCAUGCAAGAAGGAAGUUUGAGCUUGAUGCAAAUGGCUAAAAUUUCUUCUGCUUUAUAUAAUUAUCAAUUAGAUAAAAAGUUAUUCUAUGUAGCAAUUCUUACAGAUCCUACAACCGGUGGAGUAACAGCCAGUUUUGCUAUGUUAGGAGAUAUCAUUAUUGCUGAACCUAAUGCAACCAUUGCAUUUGCGGGUAAAAGAGUAAUUGAACAAACAUUAAAUACGACAGUACCCGAGGGUUCACAAACAUCUGAGUAUUUAUUCGAAAAAGGUUUAUUCGACCUAAUAGUACCACGUAAUCUUUUAAAAGGUGUUCUGAGUGAGUUAUUUCAACUCCACGGUUUCUUUCCUUUGAAUCACAGUUCCAAAAAUUAAAGUAUAGCACUAAAUUCGCUUAUUUUAUUUGUAGCGAACAAAAAUAAAUAUUUAAUUCAUCGUAAUCGUAAUUAAAAGAAACAAUAUAUAUAUUGUUUUCCUUGUUGACAUAAGUUCUCCUUGUAGAUAGACAGAGUUUUCGGAUAAUUAUAUUUUUUCUUUUGUU